AUGGCUUCACAAACUUCAAAUCCACACCCCAUCAAAACUAUAGUCGUAUUAGUUCAAGAAAAUCGUUCCUUUGAUCACAUGUUAGGCUGGUUGAAAACUCUGAACCCCGAAAUCAAUGGUGUAACAGGAGCUGAAUCCAAUCCUCUUUCCACUUCGGACCCGACCGCUAACAGGGUUUUCUUCGGCGACCGGUCUCUCUUUGUGGACCAGGACCCUGGCCAUUCCAUUCAAGCCAUUUAUGAACAAAUAUUUGGUGUUCCAUGGAGCCAAGACUUGGCUACCGAGAAACUCCAGCCUACCAUGGAAGGAUUUGCACAGAAUGCUGAAGGAAUUCAAGAGGGCAUGUCGGAUACCGUCAUGAAUGGUUUCAAGCCGGAGGGCAUCCCUGUUUACAAGGAGCUCGUGGCGGAAUUUGCAGUGUGUGACCGGUGGUUCGCGGCUGUGCCGGCGUCCACGCAGCCUAAUAGGCUCUUUGUGCAUUCAGCCACUUCUCAUGGUGCCACUAGUAAUGACAGAGAGCUUUUAAUUGAAGGGUAUCCUCAGAAAACUAUAUUUGAAUCCUUGGAUGAGGCUGGUUUUGACUUUGGAAUAUACUACCAAUAUCCUCCAGCAACACUGUUCUACAGGAACCUUAGAAAACUGAAGUACAUAAAAAACUUCCACCAGUUUGAUCUUAGUUUCAAAAGGCAUUGUAAGGAGGGAAAGUUACCCAAUUAUGUGGUGGUUGAACAAAGAUAUUUCGACCUAAAAAUACUUCCUGGAAAUGAUGAUCAUCCUUCCCAUGACGUAUUUGAAGGCCAAAAGUUUGUGAAAGAAGUUUAUGAAGCAUUGAGAUCAAGUCCACAGUGGAAUGAAAUGUUGUUCAUAAUUUUAUAUGACGAACAUGGUGGAUUCUUCGACCACGUGCCAACUCCGGUGAAUGGAGUUCCGAGUCCCGAUGGCAUAGUCGGCCCGGAGCCUUACAACUUUCAAUUUGACAGGUUAGGCGUUAGAGUUCCGGCCAUCAUGAUAUCUCCUUGGAUUGAAAAAGGAACUGUGUUACAUGGGCCAUCAGGACCAUAUCCUACGUCUGAAUUUGAGCAUUCCUCAAUUCCUGCAACUGUUAAAAAAAUAUUCAAUUUGAACGAGUUUUUAACAAAGCGCGACGCAUGGGCGGGCACUUUCGAUGGCGUGAUUAGCCGAGAGAGCCCGAGAACUGAUUGUCCCGAAACUUUGCCGGAGCCGGUGAAACUGCGAGAAGCAGAGGCUGAAGACGAGGCAAAAUUAAGUGAGUUCCAAGAGGAGUUGGUGCAAAUGGCUGCAGUGUUAUGUGGAGACCAUCGGAAGGAAAAUUUCCCACACAGUUUGUUCGAAAACAUGACUGUUGCAGGGGCAGUAGAGUAUGUCGAUAAUUCAUUCAAGAAAUUCUUGGAUGAAUGUGAGAAAGCUAAGGAAAAUGGGGAACAGGAAUCCACCAUUUGUAUACCAAUUGAAUCCACUGAUAGUGCUACACCAGUGGAGUCGAAAUCAUUUGUUUCCAAGUUCUUCUCUUGUCUAGUUUGUGAUUGA